AUGGCACCCGGCCUCGUCUCCCCCGACUCCAACCCCGACCCAGCAGUCGACAAGCCCACCCAACGCUCCCUCGAAUCACUCACUUCCACCUACGACGACACCCUCCGCUUCUACCUCAACGGCACCAAAGUCACCCUCGACACCGCCGACCCGGAACUCACCCUCCUCGAAUACCUCCGCGGCAUCGGCCUCACAGGCACCAAACUCGGCUGCGCCGAAGGCGGCUGCGGCGCCUGCACCGUCGUCGUGUCGCAGUACAACCUCACCACCAAGCAAAUCUACCACGCCUCCGUCAACGCCUGCCUCGCCCCGCUGGUGAGUGUCGACGGCAAACAUGUCAUUACCGUCGAGGGGAUCGGGAACGUGAAGAAGCCGCAUCCCGCGCAGGAGAGGAUUGCAAAGGGGAAUGGGAGUCAGUGUGGGUUCUGCACGCCGGGGAUUGUGAUGAGCUUGUAUGCGCUGUUGAGGAAUACCGAGAAGCCGUCAGAGCUGGAGGUGGAGGAGGCGUUUGAUGGGAACUUGUGUCGGUGUACGGGAUAUAGGCCAAUUCUGGAUGCGGCGCAGUCGUUUGGGGCGAAGAGUGGGUGCGGGAUGGCCAAGGCGAAUGGGGGGAGCGGGUGUUGUAUGGAGAAGGGGGAAAAGGGGUGUUGUCAGAAUGAUGGUAUGGAUGGGGGAAACGACUCAGUCAUCAAGUUCGACCCGCCUGAUUUCAUCGAGUACAAUCCACAGACUGAGCUCAUCUUCCCGCCGGCGCUUAAGAAGCACGAAUUCAGGCCUCUGGCGUUUGGCAACAAGCGGAAACGAUGGUUCAGGCCGGUCACACUCCAACAGUUACUGGAAAUCAAAAGCGCAUAUCCCUCGGCAAAGAUUAUCGGCGGCAGCACAGAGACGGCGAUCGAGGUCAAGUUCAAGGCGAUGCAAUACACCGCUUCGGUGUUCGUUGGCGAUAUUGCAGAGCUAAGGCAGUACAAAUUUGCGGAGGAUCAUCUCGAGAUCGGCGGCAAUGUAGUCCUCACAGACCUUGAAGGCCUGGCGGAGAAGGCAGUAGAGCACUACGGCAAGCAGCGAGGUCAGCCAUUCACCGCAAUGCUGAAGCAGAUUCGAUACUUUGCUGGACGACAGAUAAGGAACGUAGGAACACCUGCCGGCAAUCUGGCGACGGCAUCUCCCAUCUCUGACCUCAACCCCGUCUUCAUGGCGACGAACGCGACACUGGUGGCCAAGUCGCUGGAUCAGGAGCUUGAGAUACCCAUGAGCGAGUUCUUCAAAGGCUAUCGAGUGACUGCCCUACCACCAGAUGGAAUCAUCGCGAGCAUACGCAUUCCUGUCUUCAACGAGAAAGCCGAGUACAUCCGCGCAUACAAGCAGGCGAAACGGAAAGACGACGACAUCGCCAUCGUCAACGCUGCUCUCCGAGUCAAGCUAGACGGCGAGAACAACGUCGAGAACUGCAGCUUAGUCUACGGCGGCAUGGCACCCAUCACCAUCUCCGCCAAAACCGCCGUGCAAUACCUCACCGGCAAGAAAUUCACCGACCCCAAGACGCUCGAAGGCGUCAUGAACGCUCUCGAAGACGACUUCGACCUCCGCUUCGGCGUCCCGGGCGGCAUGGCCACGUAUCGCAAAUCCCUCGCUCUGGGCUUCUUCUACCGCUUUUACCACGAGAUCCUGCAGGAGCUCAACCCGCCGGACUCGACGGAGGUGGAUGAAGACUGCAUUGCGGAGAUUGAGCGGGAGAUAUCGAAGGGCUCGACGGAUCGCCAUUCGUCUGUUGCGUAUGAGAAGAAGGUCAUUGGCAAGGAGCAACCGCACGUUGCGGCGCUGAAGCAGUGUACGGGCGAAGCGCAGUAUACGGACGAUAUCCCGCCGCAGAAGAAUGAGUUGUAUGGGUGUUUGGUGCUGUCUACCAAAGCGCAUGCGAAGAUCUUGUCGGUGGAUUCUUCGCCGGCGCUGGAUUUGCCAGGGGUGGUGGACUACGUCGACAACAAGGACCUCCCGAAUGCUGAUGCGAAUUGGUGGGGCGCGCCGAAGUGCGAUGAGGUGUUCUUUGCGGUGGAUGAGGUUUUUACCGCUGGUCAGCCCAUUGGGAUGGUGUUGGCGACGGAUGCGAAGAAAGCUGAAGCUGGCGCGAGGGCGGUGAAGGUUGAGUAUGAGGAGCUACCUGCCAUCUUCACGAUUGAGGAGGCGAUUGAGCAGGACAGCUACUUUGACCACUACCACUACAUCAACGACGGGGAUGUGGAGAAGGCGUUCAAGGAGUGCGAUCACGUCUUUACUGGUGUGGCGAGAAUGGGUGGGCAGGAGCAUUUCUACCUCGAGACGCAGGCUUGCGUCGUGGUGCCCAAGCCGGAGGAUGGCGAGAUGGAAGUCUUCUCCUCCACCCAAAAUCCCUCCGAGACGCAGGCGUACGUUGCGCAAGUCACAGGCGUGGCCGCAAACAAAAUUGUCACGAGAGUAAAAAGACUAGGCGGCGGUUUCGGCGGCAAAGAAACACGCUCCGUCCAACUCGCCGGCAUCUGCGCCACCGCGGCCAACAAGACCAAACGCCCGGUCCGCUGCAUGCUCAAUCGCGACGAAGACAUCCUCACCUCCGGGCAACGGCACCCCUUCCUCGCGCGCUGGAAAGUCGGUGUGAACAAGGACGGCAAGCUCCAGGCUCUCGACGCCGACGUCUUCAAUAACGGCGGCUGGUCGCAGGACCUCAGCGCCGCUGUCGUGGACCGCGCCCUCUCGCACUGCGAUGGCUGCUACCGCAUCCCCAACGUCUUCGUCCGGGGCAGGAUAUGUAAGACGAAUACAGUCUCCAACACCGCUUUCCGCGGUUUCGGCGGACCGCAGGGCAUGUUCAUCGCCGAAACGUACAUGGAAGAAGUCGCCGACCAUCUGGGAAUGUCUGUCGACAAACUCCGCGAAAUCAACUUCUACGCCCCCAACGAACCCACGCACUUCCGACAGGAACUCAAAGACUGGUACGUGCCCCUCAUGUACCGCCAACUCCUCGCCGAGUCCUCCUACACCCAGCGCAAAGAGGAGAUCGCAACCUUCAACGCCGCAUCCAAGUGGAAGAAGCGCGGCCUCGCCCUCAUCCCGACCAAAUUCGGCAUCUCCUUCACCGCCCUCUUCCUCAACCAAGCCGGCGCCUUAGUCCACAUCUACCACGACGGCUCCGUCCUGGUAGCCCACGGCGGCACAGAGAUGGGCCAAGGCCUGCACACGAAAAUGACCAUGAUCGCCGCUGAAGCCCUCGGUGUCCCACAAGAAUCCGUCUUCAUCUCGGAGACCGCCACCAACACCGUCGCCAACACCUCCUCCACCGCCGCCUCCGCUUCAUCCGACUUGAACGGCUACGCCAUCUGGAACGCCUGUGCGCAGCUGAACGAGCGGCUGGCGCCUUUUCGCGAAAAGCUGGGCGAAAAAGCGACGAUGAAGGAGCUCGCGCACGCCGCGUACUUUGAUCGCGUAAAUUUGUCGGCGAAUGGGUUUUACAAGACGCCGGAUAUCGGGUAUGUGUGGGGUCCGAAUACGGGACAGAUGUUCUUCUACUUUACGCAGGGCGUCGCUGCAGCAGAAGUGGAAAUCGACUGUUUGACGGGGGACUGGACGUGUAGGCGUGCGGAUAUCAAAAUGGACGUCGGGCGCUCGAUUAACCCUGCUAUCGACUACGGACAAAUCCUCGGCGCCUUCACCCAAGGCCUCGGCCUCUUCACCAUGGAAGAAUCCCUCUGGCACCGCGCCUCCGGACAAAUCUUCACCCGCGGCCCGGGCGCGUACAAAAUCCCCGGCUUCCGCGACAUUCCCCAGUCCACCAAUAUCUCCCUGCUGAAGGACGUGAACUGGGAGAACCUCCGCACGAUCCAACGCUCCCGCGGCGUCGGGGAGCCGCCGCUCUUCCUCGGGUCAGCGGUGUUUUUUGCGAUACGAGAUGCUCUGAAAGCGGCUAGGAAACAGGAGGGGGAGGAGGGGGUUUUGAGCUUGAGGAGUCCGGCGACGGUGGAGAGGAUACGGUUGGCGUGUGCGGAUCCGAUUGUGAGAAGGGCGAGGGUGGAGGCGAAGGAGGGGGAGAGGAGUUUUUUUGUUAGUAUCUAG